AGGCUCAGACGUGGAGUCAGACGUGGAGUCAGACGUGGGUCAGACGUGGAUCAGACGUGGGUCAGACGUGGAGUCAGACGUGGGUCAGACGUGGGUCAGACGUGGAGUCAGACGUGGAUCAGACGUGGAUCAGACGUGGAGUCAGACGUGGGUCAGACGUGGAGUCAGACGUGGAUCAGACGUGGGUCAGAUGUGGGUCAGACGUUGAGUCAGACGUGGAUCAGACGUGGAGUCAGACGUGGAUCAGACGUGGGUCAGACGUGGGUCAGACAUUGAGUCAGACGUGGGUCAGACUUGGAGUCAGACGUGGAGUCAGACGUGGAGUCAGACGUGGAGUCAGACGUGGAGUCAGACGUGGGUCAGACGAGGGUCAGACGUGGAUCAGACGUGAGUCAGACGUGGGUCAGACGUGGGUCAGACGUGGGUCAGACGAGGGUCAGACGAGGGUCAGACGUGGGUCAGACAUUGAGUCAGACGUGGGUCAGACUUGGAGUCAGACGUGGAGUCAGACGUGGAGUCAGACGUGGAGUCAGACGUGGAGUCAGACGUGGGUCAGACGAGGAGUCAGACGUGGAGUCAGACGUGGAGUCAGACGUGGGUCAGACGUGGGUCAGACGUGGAUCAGACGUGAGUCAGACGUGGGUCAGACGUGGGUCAGACGUGGGUCAGACGAGGGUCAGACGAGGGUCAGACGAGGGUCAGACGUGGGUCAGACGUGGAUCAGACGUGGAUCAGACGUGGAUCAGACGUGGGUCAGACGUGGGUCAGACGUGGGUCAGACGAGGGUCAGACGAGGGUCAGACGUGGGUCAGACGUGGAUCAGACGUGGAUCAGACGUGGAUCAGACGUGGAUCAGACGUGGGUCAGACGUAGAUCAGACGUGGGUCAGACGUGGGUCAGACGUGGAUCAGACGUGGAUCAGACGUGGAGUCAGACGUGGGUCAGACGUGGAGUCAGACGUGGUUCAGACGUGGGUCAGACGUGGAGUCAGACGUGGAGUCAGACGUGGAGUCAGACGUGGAGUCAGACGUGGUUCAGACGAGGGUCAGACGUGGGUCAGACGUGGGUCAGACGAGGGUCAGACGUGGGUCAGACGAGGGUCAGACGUGGGUCAGACGUGGGUCAGACGUGGGUCAGACGUGGGUCAGACGUAGAUCAGACGUGGGUCAGACGUGGGUCAGACGAGGGUCAGACGAGGGUCAGACGUGGGUCAGACGUGGAUCAGACGUGGAUCAGACGUGGGUCAGACGUGGAGUCAGACGUGGAUCAGACGUGGAUCAGACGUGGAUCAGACGUGGAUCAGACGUGGGUCAGACGUGGAUCAGACGUGGAUCAGACGUGGAUCAGACGUGGAGUCAGACGUGGAGUCAGACGUGGAGUCAGACGUGGAGUCAGACGUGGAGUCAGACGUGGUUCAGACGUGGUUCAGACGUGGUUCAGACGUGGUUCAGACGUGGGUCAGACGUGGAUCAGACGUGGGUCAGACGUGGAUCAGACGUGGAUCAGACGUGGAUCAGACGUGGAUCAGACGUGGAUCAGACGUGGGUCAGACGUGGAUCAGACGUGGAUCAGACGUGGAUCAGACGUGGAUCAGACGUGGAUCAGACGUGGAUCAGACGUGGGUCAGACGUGGAUCAGACGUGGAUCAGACGUGGAUCAGACGUGGAGUCAGACGUGGAGUCAGACGUGGAGUCAGACGUGGUUCAGACGUGGUUCAGACGUGGAGUCAGAUGUGGUUCAGACGUGGUUCAGACGUGGGUCAGACGUGGGUCAGACGUGAGUCAGACGUGGAGUCAGACGUGGAGUCAGACGUGGUUCAGACGUGGUUCAGACGUGGAGUCAGAUGUGGUUCAGACGUGGUUCAGACGUGGGUCAGACGUGGGUCAGACGUGAGUCAGACGUGGAGUCAGACUUGGGUCAGACGUGGGUCAGACGUGGGUCAGACGUGAGUCAGACGUGGAGUCAGACGUGGAGUCAGACGUGGAGUCAGAUGUGGAGUCAGACGUGGAUCAGACGUGGGUCAGACGUGGGUCAGACGUGGAUCAGACGUGGAGUCAGACGUGGGUCAGACGUGGAGUCAGACGUGGAUCAGACGUGGGUCAGAUGUGGGUCAGACGUUGAGUCAGACGUGGAUCAGACGUGGAGUCAGACGUGGAUCAGACGUGGGUCAGACGUGGGUCAGACAUUGAGUCAGACGUGGGUCAGACUUGGAGUCAGACGUGGAGUCAGACGUGGAGUCAGACGUGGAGUCAGACGUGGAGUCAGACGUGGGUCAGACGAGGGUCAGACGUGGGUCAGACGUGAGUCAGACGUGGGUCAGACGUGGGUCAGACGUGGGUCAGACGAGGGUCAGACGAGGGUCAGACGUGGGUCAGACAUUGAGUCAGACGUGGGUCAGACUUGGAGUCAGACGUGGAGUCAGACGUGGAGUCAGACGUGGAGUCAGACGUGGAGUCAGACGUGGGUCAGACGAGGAGUCAGACGUGGAGUCAGACGUGGAGUCAGACGUGGGUCAGACGUGGGUCAGACGUGGGUCAGACGUGAGUCAGACGUGGGUCAGACGUGGGUCAGACGUGGGUCAGACGAGGGUCAGACGAGGGUCAGACGUGGGUCAGACGUGGAUCAGACGUGGAUCAGACGUGGAUCAGACGUGGGUCAGACGUGGGUCAGACGUGGGUCAGACGUGGGUCAGACGAGGGUCAGACGAGGGUCAGACGUGGGUCAGACGUGGAUCAGACGUGGAUCAGACGUGGAUCAGACGUGGAUCAGACGUGGGUCAGACGUAGAUCAGACGUGGGUCAGACGUGGAGUCAGACGUGGAGUCAGACGUGGAGUCAGACGUGGAGUCAGACGUGGUUCAGACGAGGGUCAGACGUGGGUCAGACGUGGGUCAGACGAGGGUCAGACGUGGGUCAGACGAGGGUCAGACGUGGGUCAGACGUGGGUCAGACGUGGGUCAGACGUGGGUCAGACGUAGAUCAGACGUGGGUCAGACGUGGGUCAGACGUGGGUCAGACGUGGAUCAGACGUGGAUCAGACGUGGGUCAGACGUGGAGUCAGACGUGGAUCAGACGUGGAUCAGACGUGGAUCAGACGUGGAUCAGACGUGGGUCAGACGUGGAUCAGACGUGGAUCAGACGUGGAUCAGACGUGGAGUCAGACGUGGAGUCAGACGUGGAGUCAGACGUGGAGUCAGACGUGGUUCAGACGUGGUUCAGACGUGGUUCAGACGUGGGUCAGACGUGGAUCAGACGUGGGUCAGACGUGGAUCAGACGUGGAUCAGACGUGGAUCAGACGUGGAUCAGACGUGGAUCAGACGUGGGUCAGACGUGGAGUCAGACGUGGAUCAGACGUGGAUCAGACGUGGAUCAGACGUGGAUCAGACGUGGGUCAGACGUGGAUCAGACGUGGAUCAGACGUGGAUCAGACGUGGAGUCAGACGUGGAGUCAGACGUGGAGUCAGACGUGGUUCAGACGUGGUUCAGACGUGGAGUCAGAUGUGGUUCAGACGUGGUUCAGACGUGGGUCAGACGUGGGUCAGACGUGAGUCAGACGUGGAGUCAGACGUGGAGUCAGACGUGGUUCAGACGUGGUUCAGACGUGGAGUCAGAUGUGGUUCAGACGUGGUUCAGACGUGGGUCAGACGUGGGUCAGAC